UAUAAAUCUAGUUCACGUAGAAGAAUAUGAAGUCUACAAGACAGGAGACUGUAUUGUUCUUGAGCAUGUUCCAGUGUAUAGUUAUUACAGCGUUAUAUUUGUUCAUGUGCAGUAGAAAUGGAAACAAAAUGGCAGACAAAGGUGACAAUGAGGCCAUUAGGACAGCAGCGGCAGUGGGAACCUCACCACUUUGGGUACCUGCAGCGGCUGCUGGUGGACUAGUUUAUGGAGCAGGAAAAGGUCUGGACGAGGCUAACGAUUUUGGGAAAAAGCAUGGACCAUUGGCUGGAAUCGCUGCGACUCCCUUUAUAGUGGUUGGAAACAUACUGGCUGGUCCAUUUAGGGGGAUAAAGAGAGUUGGCGAUGCAAUGGUAGGAAAGGACAACUAGUUCUGGCUGACCGACAUUGAAAUGGAUAUGUGAAUUGAGUGUGCAUGUUUUUCUGCCGCUAUAUGUGUCAUAAAAACUCUGAAGUAAAUUAAUUACAGAUUUAAUUGUCAAUACCACAUCUAUUAAUAGGAACAUUCAAAACUUUGGUGUGGACAAGAAUAUUAAGCUGUCAUUUUGAAAUUGCAUUUUUAAUGAUAUAUCAUACCACCUAACUUCCUAUUAACAUUGAGUUUUCCUUAUUUUGCAAGAACGGGAGUUGUUGUUUUUUAAUUAAUGAUGAAACAAACCAAAACAGUUAUUAUAUUUCUGAAACUUUUUAACUGCGAAUGCUAAUAACAUUAACAAUUUAUCGCCGAUUUAGUAUUUAAUCCUUUUGAUGCUAUACAGGCAAGUACAUUAGUGUUUUGUCUAACUGAGAAAUUUGAUGGUUUCAGUUUACGUAUCGGAACAAAAUAUUUUCUAUAUGGGCUGAUUAUGAAAAUAAGUAGUGGCCGUAUAUGUGUGUUUCUUACAUAGGAAUCUUUUACGUGUUAUAAUGAUAAAUUUGAACUUCCAUUAUAAAUUCAUUUAACUAG